AUGUGUUUGCAGGUUAAGAUACAGAGCUGGAUUGAUGGGAAGGAAGAUGAAGAGUACAAUGGUAUGAGUGCAAAAUUUGGCUCUUAUUUGCCUGUCGAAGCUGUUCAAACUGCCAAACUUCCCGCUGUUUUUGCCGAUCCUAUGGACUGCUGUUCCGCUUCAACCGUAAAGUUAUCUGGAUCAGCAGCUCUCUGCGUACGAGGAACUUGUGACUUCUCAGCUAAAGCUGUAGUUGCACAGACCGGAGGUGCUGCUGCCGUGUUUAUGAUAAACGACGCAGAUGAACUCUUUGAGAUGGACUGCUCCAGUGACCAAAGCGUAAAUCUUUCAAUUCCAGUUGUGCAGACAACAAAGUCAGUAGGAGACGCUCUCAACAAACUUUUAACAUCUAAAAAGAAAGUGGAGGUUUUGCCAUAUGCUCCAACUCGCCCAGUUGUAGACUACUCAGUUGCAUUUUUGUGGCUGAUGGCUGUUGCAACAGUUAUAUGUGCUUCAUUAUGGGCAGAUAUAACUGCUCCCGAUCAAAUCGAUGAACGCUACAACGAGUUGUCUCCCAAGAGCGCUAUGUCGGAAGCAGGGAAAGACGAUUCUGAGGAAAUAGUUAACAUAGAUACAAAGGGUGCUGUCGUGUUUGUCAUUACGGCAUCUACUUUUCUUGUGCUACUGUUCUUCUUCAUGUCGUCUUGGUUUAUCUGGGUGCUGAUUAUACUUUUCUGCAUUGGUGGUAUUGAGGGGAUGCACAACUGUAUUGUAAGCCUCGGUUUAAGGAAACGUCCAACUUGUGCUCAGAAGAAUGUGAAUUUACCUUUCUUUGGAGAGGUUUCUAUUUUCUCGCUGAUAGCGCUGCUAUUCAGCGUGACAUUUGCUGUUUUAUGGGUUGUAUUUCGGCACGAAUCAUUUUCAUGGUUUGGCCAAGAUUUUCUUGGCAUCUGUUUGAUGAUAACAGUAUUACAGAUGGCUCGGUUGCCUAAUAUUAAGGUUGCAACGGUCCUACUUUGUUGUGCAUUUGUAUACGACAUUUUUUGGGUAUUCAUAUCUCCAGUGAUAUUCCAAAAGAGUGUCAUGAUUACAGUUGCUCGUGGUGACAAGGCUGGUGGUGAAGCAAUUCCUAUGCUUUUGAGAUUUCCUCGUUUAAGUGAUCCUUGGGGUGGCUAUGAUAUGAUUGGAUUUGGAGAUAUUCUCUUUCCUGGUUUGCUUGUUUCCUUUUCUCGUAGAUUCGACAAAGAUCUUAAGAAGGGGGUCGUAAGCGGAUAUUUUCUUUGGUUGGUAAUUGGCUAUGCCUUUGGGCUGUUCUUCACAUAUCUGGGGCUAUAUUUGAUGAACGGUCAUGGACAACCUGCACUCCUCUACCUUGUUCCGUGCACACUAGGAGUCGCUGUGGUAUUGGGAUGCAAAAGAGGUGAGCUAAAUAUCCUUUGGAAUUAUGAAGCAGACUCGUCUUCGUCUUCCUCCAACUCCAACAAUACCUCAACGGCCGACACCAAACAGCCUCCCCAAGUUUAGAUCCUCACUCACUCACUCCAUUGUGUGCUAGUGGGAAGUGCUCACUGAUUCAUCCAAAGUCAAUGAAAUGCAAAUGCGAUUGGGUUGGGUUAGGAGAGUUUCCAGAUGUACACACAAUUCAUUCCUUCCUGGAUCUCUUCCAUAACUGUAACGUAACUAUCUAUUCUAUUCUUUCAUUCUUCCUUCUUUCUUCUCCAGCUAAUGCAUUAUAAAUUCUUCUUCUUAUUGUUUUUUCUUUUCGCCUUUGGAUGGAUGGGAAGGAUGCCACAAAUAACGUACGUUCUCUCACUAUGCCACUACC